GUUGCACCUUGCCGGCUACUCCCCGGGCACCCAUUUUCGUGCACAGCAGAGAGCUCCCAACUCGCGCUUUCACUCCACACAACAGCCUCCGCGCCAUGGCAACCGACGAACGAAUGCCGCUGGUGGGGCCUGACGGCGCGGCGAAGGAAGCAGCGCCUCUACAGCCUAACUCAAGCCCAAUAAGUCUUCGAGGCACUGUCAAAGUGCUUGUCGGAGCCACCUUACUGUACGUGGCGGCCUUGGCAGGCGCGCGUACAUUCCCACGCGGCGUCAAGGGACGCGUAUCGCCGCUUUCGCCGUACAAGGGGUUCGAUGUCAACGAGAGCUCGGUGGAGGGGGCGAGGUUGAGAUUGGAUGAGAUUGACGGGACGACCUUGGCUCCAGCUCACGUGACGACCGCGGAGUGCACUGGGGAUACGAGCAAACCGGCGGUGAAAGGGUUCGAUCUUGUGGCAUAUCGAUCCCUCCAACCCGGCACACACGGGGUCCGCGGUUUGUGGGAAUUUUCGGUACAAUACGGCCAAGGAUAUACUUUCCUGUUUUCGACACUCGAAAACCAGCUAGAAUUUGAGAGCGAUCCAGAGAAAUACCUCCCCGCUUGGGGCGGCUUCUGCAGCUUCGGAAUCAGCCACGAGGACAUUUGGGGUCCUGACGUCCUCGGGCCGCCUUCCAACCCGGAUAUCUGGUUGAUCGAGGAUGAUCGGCUGUACUUGUUCCGGAGCGAAACACCAUACGACAAGUUCAAGGACGACAAGGCGCGGUACAUCAAGCACGGGAACCAAGUGUGGACAGAAUGGUUCGGGGGGAACCCGUCCAAUGAGGGAACGGUGAUGACGCCCUUCAACACCGCCUGCUUUUGCAGCGAAGAGUCAUGCGCGGAUGGGUGACAGCCCAAACGAGUUUUAGAUGAGAGAAAGGACUACCCACCUUUUUUUUGCAGUCUCAACCUGUACGGUUUGAUUCUUUAGGUGGACAUCGUUGAUAGCCGGAACAUGUGGCGGAGACUUGCAGGGGAGGGGAAGCAAAUGAUUGGGCGCGUCGGUUUGACACCUCGCCGUUUGUAUCUAGUCGUGACAUUAUUUUCGGUGCGUGUGUCCGUGCACCCGAGUGUUGGUUACAAGUAGUUUUUUUUUCAAGAGAAGUGGCCCGAUAGGGACGCUUGUUGUUCUUAAAAAAAAACUGUUUAGAGGGGGGGGGCGGAAUGGGCUCAAGUAAGUCCGUCCGUGUGUCUGUCUGUCUGUCUGUCUG